GUUGCCUACUACACGUAUUUUGAGGCCAGUCGUCUAGCCUCAGCUAUUUCCGGAGUGUCUGAUCGUCUUGCAGACUUACUUUUCCAUUUGCCAGUGCGAGCCAGUCUGUAUGAUGUCGCCUUCCGUUUAGCCCAGCGUCACACACCAGUCUUGCUUGCUCGACAGCAUCGGCACGCCGCAGAGCAGGCUGCGGCCGCUGCGGCCGCCGCCAAUCCGCAUGCACCGCCUCCAGCCCCUGUUCCUCUACCUGAACAUUGGGGUGUCUGUUCACUCUGUGCCAAAGAGUUGCGGUCUCUCAAUGGCCUUUUGGAUCAUGAGAUGCGUCACGUCGGCGUCAGCCGAAUGCGUUGUGCCACACACGACAUCUACUUUAGUGAGCGACGGCAGAUGCAGGCUCACAUGGCAGAGCAUCAUUCGAAGGCGUCCGUUCUUGCCAGCUCAACAAGUAUAAUGACAGCAGAAGUGCUUGACGCCCUGGUUGAGGAUUCUGGUAGUGAUGACGAGGAAGAAGCUGUUGACCCAGAUGCAGUGAUAACAGCAGCUGGGCAAGAUGAGACUGAGGGUCAGGGCGUGGUGAAACUGUCGAAACGGCUGCACAGAAGCAGAUCCAGUGCGCAUUCAUCGGAUGCCAUUAAUCUUCCUGGAAGUGGUUUAGUGGCGGGAUUGUCUCAAGUUUUCAACGCCAACCUUCUUGCAGGGCGUAUGGAAGCUCCACAGUGUGAACAAUGUGGUGACUACUUCCCAACAGCAGAUGUUAUGGUUGGUUAA